UCUCUCUCAUGAUGUUCAGAGAGAACCUUCCCUUACUUGGGCUUCUGGUCCUCCUAUUUGCUCUCUGCCAUGAAGCUUGUAUUGCUAAGGGACAAAGCCAGAACUGCAACUCUUCUUCUUCCUGUGGAAAUCUCCAUAACAUCAGCUACCCUUUUCGACUAAAAGGUGCUCGUCAGCAGUGUGGAUGUGAUGCCGAAUCUGCAGAUGGCCUUGAACUUGAUUGCGAGAAUAACCGUGCUUCUUUGUUGGUUGAUUCUGUGAAAUUCUAUGUCCAGGAAAUCGAUUAUGAUAAUCAAACAAUUCGACUAAUGGAUGCGAGUUUACACAAAAACACAUGCUCCAUUCCUCGUCUGCUCCCAAACAUACAUGAUUCUUAUCCUAAUAUUUUUCCUUCUUAUUAUAGUCCCCCUUUUUUAUAUUCUAAUAUUAUGUAUCUUUUGAAUUGCACCUCACAACCCACCUCGCCACUCUAUGUUCAUGUCUCUCGUUGCAUCGGUAACUCUUAUUCUGCACAAACACACUUCUUCUAUGCGUAUUUUGGUAACCUUACGGCACUUGAUCUUCCACCGUUAUGCAGUAUAGAAGGUUCGGUUCCAACUCGAUUUCCGAAUUCGACAGGCCUAUCUGUUUUGGAGAUUCAACAAGAAUUGUUACAGGGCUAUGAAUUUCCUUGGAUUAAUGGUUGUCGUUAUUCACAGAAUAAGAAAUUGAAAUAUAAUUGGUUUCGGGAUUCUAUUUUUCCAUUCAUUAAGGGUGUUAUUAGCUACUUAUUCUGGUACCAAGGAGGAUUGCUUACUUUCGUCCAAUACAUAGUAGUAUUUAUCCUAGCAAGAGCUGAACAAGGAAUUCUAUGCUUCAUUGCACUUUUGAUAUACAAAUUUGGCCCAGGAAACAAGUUCAUGGACGAUGACAUUGAAACAUUCCUGCAGAGUCACAAUUUAAUGCCUGUAAGGUUCUCCUAUUCUCAAAUAAAGAGCAUGACCAAAGGUUUUAAGUAUAAAUUAGGUCAAGGAGGUUAUGGCUCAGUCUUCAAAGGAAAGCUUCAGAGUCGCUAUCCUGUAGCGAUAAAAUUGUUGAAGUCAAAAGCCAAUGGGCAAGAUUUCAUGAAUGAAGUCGCUACAAUUGGAAGGAUACAUCAUAUUAACGUGGUGCAACUAAUUGGAUUCUGUGUGGAAGGUUCUAAACAAGCUCUUGUAUAUGAGUUCAUGCCAAAUGGAUCUCUAGAUAAGUUCAUCUUUUCUGAAAGAGAAAAUAGCACCGUCUUGACUUGGGAUAGAAUAUAUGAGAUUGCAGUUGGAGUAGCACAGGGAAUUAAAUAUUUACAUCAAGGUUGUGACAUGCAAAUUCUACACUUUGAUAUAAAGCCACAUAAUAUUCUCCUUGAUGAAAACUUUAUCCCAAAAGUUUCAGAUUUUGGUCUCGCAAAAUUGUAUCCGGUGGAUGACAGCAUUGUAUCUCUCACUGCUGUACGAGGAACAUUAGGAUAUAUGGCUCCAGAAUUGUUCUACAAAAAUAUUGGUGGCAUAUCACAUAAGGCUGAUGUUUAUAGUUUUGGGAUGUUGUUGAUGGAAAUGGUGGGAAGAAGGAAAAAUUUGAAUGCAUCCGUGGAGAAUUCAAGUCAGAUAUACUUCCCGUCGUGGAUAUAUGACAAACUCGAUCAAGAUGAGGACCUUGAGGUGUUAAAUGCCAUUGAGGGUGAGAAGAAAACAUUAAAGAAGAUGAUCAUAGUUGCAUUUUGGUGCAUUCAAAUGAAGCCCAUUAAUCGUCCUUCCAUGAGCAAAGUCUUGGAGAUGCUUGAAGGCCCGAUAGAGCUCUUGCAAAUGCCUCCCAAACCUUUCUUUGGUCCUGAGGAGACGCUAAUUGAGGAUCACACUAGUAAUAAUUCUGCAGGAAUACCUACUAGUGAUUCGGAUAGUAUUGUCACCUUAGUUAAAAUGUAAUUAAAUUAUCAAUAAUUUUAUUAUUAAAUGUUCAGGUAUAUCACAAGCUUUCCAUCAUUCAAUAAUU